AUGUCUCACGUGACUCGUGUGCUGUUUUUUACCUUGUAUUUGGGACUCUUGGAUGGGGCGAGCAUCAAAUCCAUACAAUAUCAGCAAGAAGGUCCUUCGGUCAGAAUCACACAAAAGUCCAUACUACCGGGAACAGUGAUUUUGCCGUUGCCGAAAUCAACCGGGUGUGUAGAAACCAGGGUAGUGAUAGUCUCAGGACAAACUCAGCAACAAGGAAAUCCACCUACCUCUCAAGGUGACGACUUUCGAGCAGCUGCACGGGGUGCUGCGGAUCAACCUGUUGCUGAUGCGGUUCCCGUGGAUCAAGUGAAUAUCAUGUCUCCAGUGGGUCAACAGGGACAACAGCCUGGUGUAGAAGGCAAUGCGGCCCUGGAUCAAUCUCAGUCACAAGCAAGACCACUUGAACCUACGGCUGGAAACGCACAGGUAGCAGCCCCGGGAUUGGUAGAUCAGCCUGUUGGUCAACCGAAUCCCAUGGAUCAAACGAAUAUUGCGGCCCCAGUAGACCAACAAGCACAAAUGGCUCUGGAGGCUCCUGCAGCUCUGGACCAAGCUCAAACACAAGCCGGACCAUUGGCAGUCCCAGGGGACGGCGCACAGCCUGCGAUUCAACCAGUGCCUGCAAAUCAACCAGUCAACCAACCGGAUCAGGGGAACAUCGCGCCAACAUUCAAUUAG